ACAAAAAUAAACACCUUAGAAAUAUAAAACCCAACGCAAUGAAUAGUAAAAUAAUAAUUUUAUUAUUUGCUAAUAUCCUGGCUUUAUCACGAGGAGCUGAUGAUUUUGGAAGUCAAGAAAUCUAUACCACAAAUGUCCUGGCUUCUACAUCAACCUUAGGUGGCGUUAAUUGUUUAAUUGAAGCCGUAUUCAAUGUAGAGAAUUUGGCCAACGAUUUUAGCUACAACAUUCAAGUAUGUAACGUAAAUGCAUCCGCUGUUGUUAGUGAAAUCUUAAAUUUAUGCAAUACUAUUACCGAAAAUACCGAAGCGAUUAUUAACACAGAUGAUAAUGUUUGCAAAAAUGCUGCCUAUGAAGAGUCAGAUGCUGGUAAUUUGGCGCCUGUAGCUUGUACCCAACAAAUUAAUACGCUUAUGGUUAAUCUUUUUACGGCUGUUUCAAAUACUUACAAUUAUUUGGCGUUAGAUGAAUCAACAAUUGGAGAUACUUGUAGUGCAAUUGCUGCAAACACAUUGAAGAUAAAUUUGCCAAUUCUUCCUGAAUCGGUUAAUAACUGUGCCUUAUUAUUUAAACAAUAAAAGUUUUAUGUACACUUUUUUAAAUAAAAUUAAAAGAAGCAUUUGAAAAAAAA